AUGGUUGUCAGGCCGUCCGAGCUGACGCAGCCUGGACGGCUAGACGGCGCUAAGCGACUGCUUGGACGCCUCGUGGAAGUAGAACACGUGCCCAACGCCCGCUUCGGGUGCUACCUCGUCUGCGGCCAGACGGCUCGCGACGUCAUCGCCAUCGAGGCUUCGUGCGUGGUCAGCCUCACGCAGAUCGCGCUGAGCAGGCGGCAGGCCUCGAAAGCCAAGUACACGCACAGCCAGUGCGACCUCUUUGUCCGCUUUGACAAAGGCGCCGGAGUCGAAGAGGAGACCACGCCGCCGCUGGAGCUGCCGGCCGGCAUGCCUUGCACGCCCUUGCACCAAGCCGCUUGCUGGAAAGAUGGCCUCGUCAAUGUUCGCGCAGAAGUCACGGGUGGGUUCUCCCGCGCGACAGACGACAAAGAUCGCCUCUUCAAGCUCACUCUGCGCCAGCCCGGCAAAGCCGGCGAGUUCUCCGACGCGGAAGUGCUCGCGUGGGGUGAGCUAGCGACAGCGGCAGAACAGGUGCCGCGACCGGCCAUGAUGCUCCGCAAUCUGGCGGUGACCAAGCACGCAAAGAACGGCUUCACCUUGAAGUGGCUCAAGCAGACCGCCGCGUGCGCCCUGCCUGCGGUCGAA